GAGUUCCUGAGAUACCCUCCUAUCUCUCCCUCUCUUUUGCAACUCCUUCCAUUCCAUCGACUGCAUCCCCAAACCGAGCCCCCGUUAAAUUACCGCCGGACGGUCACGGCAAUACAUCGCGUGCCCGGCCGCCGCCGCCCAUCCGUCCGCCAUCUUUUUGCAUCUCCAGUCCAGCCAAGCCGACCAACUGCCGACUCGAUUGAUCCCUUCAGCUCUCCACCUCCUCAGCUCCCCGUCCUCAGCUCUGCUCCUCUCGCCCAUCCUCGUCCUUGUCCUUCCCCGGAUGGGUCUUUCUGCCUGACUCUCUUUCUCCCCCCUUGGUCGGUGUCAUGGACAAACACCGCCGUGAUGAGUCGCCUUCCGGUCUAUCAGACAUUGUCGAGCAGGAUGGUCUAUUAGGGACUGGCAUCACGUCUCGCCACCUCGAGGCCUUCGGGCGGAAAGUCACAUCGACUGCAGGCCAUUUGAUGGGACCGGCCGACGCCGCCAACGGCCACUACCACAAUGCCAUGACCGACAUCCACCGCGAACUGCGCCGCCCCAACACCCAGCGCAAAGUCUUCUCCCUGACCCAGACCACCCCGACCGACCUGGUGCGCUCCAAGCUCUCCACCACCGAAAUCCAAUCCCGGGCCAUCUCCUCCCUCCCUGACGACCUGCUCGCCAACAUCCCCGACGACUCCAGCUCCUACUCCCUCUUCCAGGGCUUCCAGGCCUCCCAGGAUGACGUCGAGUUCCGCCGUGCCCAUCGCCGCCGCGCCUCCAAGGGCAAGAAACUGCUCAAGGACAAGGACGACCCCUCCGCCCUGCCGUCCGCCCCGGCCGACCUCAAGAAGGAACGGGACCUGUUGAGCCGCCGGAUGGAACUCAUGGGCGUGCGCAAGAACAUGUGCAGCUCGGAAAUACACGACAUCGACAAAAAGAUUGCCAACCUUCACAACAUGCGCAAGAUCGUGCUGGAUCGCUUGGCCGGUCUAGAGAUGGAGGAGGCGGAGCUGGAACAUGAGCUGACCGAGAUCGAGAAUAAACUGGAGGACAUCGAGGAGGAAACACCAGAGGUGCCGCCCGCGUCGACCCCGAGAUCAUCAGAAGCCAAUGACGAUUCCAUUGUCUCGGAAGAUCCGGCCAUGGACGCUUCCUUCAUGUCGGAGUCCAUCUAUCAGAAGAUCCCGUCACCGAGGAGCGUGAAGCAACGAUCGAUAAGGAAACGAUCCAUGCCGGUUCUCCACGAACACUUCGCCCCCGGAUCCGAGAUCAAGGAGAUGCAGGCGCAUUCCGACGUGGUCACGGCCCUCGAUUUUGACUACCCGUUCGGCACCAUGAUCAGUGCCGCCCUGGACGAUACGGUACGCGUGUGGGAUCUCAACGUCGGCCGCUGUCUGGGUUUCCUGGAGGGACACAACGCCUCCGUCCGCUGUCUCCAGGUCGAGAACAACAUUGUCGCGACGGGCUCCAUGGACGCUUCGGUCAAGAUCUGGGAUCUGAGCCGGGCCCGGUUCACCACCACCCGGGACAACCGAGUCACCCGGCGCGAAGACGACGACGACGAUUACGUGCACGCCGACAGCGCCUCCAUCGCGUCCCACUCCACCACCCUCGACGACUGCUUCGCGUAUUCGCUGGACGCCCACGUCGACGAGAUCACCGCGCUGCACUUCAAGGGUGAUACCUUGGUGUCCGGCUCGGCGGACAAGACGCUGCGCCAAUGGGAUCUGGUCAAGGGGCGCUGCGUGCAGACGCUAGAUGUCCUAUGGGCCGCGGCGCAGGCCGACACGCUGGGCGGCGAGUCGACAUGGCGCCCCUCGGGACGCAUGCCGGACGCCUCGGCGGACUUUGUUGGGGCGGUGCAGUGCUUCGACGCGGCGCUGGCGUGCGGUACGGCCGACGGCAUGGUCCGUCUGUGGGAUCUCCGCAGCGGCCAGGUCCACCGGAGUCUGGUGGGCCACACGGGGCCGGUGACCUGUCUACAGUUCGACGAUGUGCAUCUGGUAACGGGCAGUCAAGACCGCAGCAUUCGGAUCUGGGAUCUCCGAACGGGCUCGAUCUUCGACGCCUACGCGUACGACCACCCCAUCACCAGCAUGAUGUUCGACACCAAGCGGAUCGUCGCGGCGGCGGGCCAAAACGUCGUCAAGGUGUACGACAAAGCGGACGGCCACCAUUGGGACUGCGGCGCAGGAGUGGGCGCCGACGAGACGGGGCCGUCGCCGUCGCUCGUCGAGCACGUCCGACUCAAGGACGGAUUCCUGGUCGAGGGCCGCAGGGACGGGAUUGUUGCGGCGUGGACCUGCUGAACGACGCGAUACGAUACGACCUACCUACCCACAUACCUACCUAUCUACCGAUGGUAGCUAGCCCUUCCCUCAUGUUUGUAUUUGUGACUGCCUGGCUGCCUCAGCGAUUGUAUAUUAUUCUUUCUUUUGGGCAAUAUAGAAGGAUGGGCGUCCGCAGAGGGCAGCCGUGUAAAUGCAUUGCGUGCGUGAUUUCUUUGUGUGUUUCAGUUGGACGGAGUAGUGGCUUGAAGCAUAAAAAAAUAGUGACAGAUAAAGAAGAGGUUGGGUGGGUGUGGUUGGAGGGCACAAAG